ACUUCAUCCAGCGUCCAUGCCCGCAUACCCUGGCACCGAAGAGAACAGUUGGUGGACGGCAGUGGGAUGCACGCUGCUGGCCAUCGCGUCGGUGAGUUCCGAAACCGCUCAAGGGAUACUGCCGGAUGACUUUACUUCACAUGUUCUCGGUUGCGGCAUUUUAGCUUUGACAUUCUUCUGCGCCUUCAUUGCUCUGAAAUCGACUUUUUCCAGCCGCAAAGCCAAGCUGACCCCGAACGACGAGGGAGUCUCGACGUCGCGGUCGCCGCGGUCGCCCCCAGGGCAUCGGGUGCAAAGCUGGGCAAAACGGAAAGAGGUCACCAUCAUGAAAGGAGUGGUGCAGAAAUAUUCCGAGAAGAAAGAGUGGGGCACCAUUUCAGUGCACGAUUCCGACUCUGAGUCGGAUGUGGAGUUGCGCGUGCGCUUCUUGCGCAGUGAGCGGGACCGCAUCGACCUGAAAGGGGGAGAACAUGUGAUUUUUCGAGCUGUGAAGGAUCAGCAGCUGGAAGGUUGGCUGCUAGCUGAGACCAUUUGGAAAGCUCCUGAGAGAAGUGAGGCAACACAGAGGCUUAGACCACAGGCGGCCAAUAAGGCAAUGGACUAAGCGGAAUGCCUUUCAUCCUGUUGGCCCAAGACAAAGAGUCGGAAGCAUUCUUGGGCUCCGGUCCUACGCGUUUCACAGGCCGAACAUAGGCGAAUUCAGAGGACCACACCAGAUGGCCGAAUGAUGCUGGAGCUAUAGGUGAUGAAACCAUAUGAAACCUGAUCGUCGAGAUUACCAUCGUAUUGUUCUCCUUUGCACUGGGUUGGGUGCCAG